AUGCCUUCGCUGUGCUCAUUUGGUGAAGGCUUUGAUUUGGACCCUACAGUCUCGGCCAUGAUGCUCAAGGAAGUCACUGGAUUUUGGUAUGUUGAGGCUUUGGAAGCAGAAUGCGUCAGCCGCGUCUGGCUGAGGGUGGAUCUCUGCGCCGCGAAUUGGCUUCCUCACUGGCUGAUUGACUAUGCCUCAGAGAGAGCAUUGACACGUGCCACAGCUUGGCUGAAACCCAAUGUGGAAGAGCUAUGGUCCAAGAGCUGCGCGUCCACUGAGAGAGGUAGUUGA